AAUGACAGCGCACAAACCAAACGAGUAAAACGAACCAGUGAUAAACCGGAGACCAGUCUAAGGCGGGAUCCGUCCGGGCGCGAGAUCCGCCACCCCACCAGCAAUGGCGGAGGCAGCGAUCGCCGGCGCGGUGGCGGCCGUGCUCCUUCUGCUGUUUCCGGCCUGGGCAUCGGCCGCGGCACCGGUAGGGGAGGGGCGGCGGCUGCACACGCUGUUCUCGGUGGAAUGCGGCGACUACUUUGACUGGCAGGCGGUGGGAUUCCUCCACAGCCUCCGCAAGGCCCGGCAGCCCGGCGGCGUUACCCGCCUCCUCAGCUGCGCGGAGGGCCAGCUCCCCUCAUACCGCGGUUUUGGCAUCGGCCACACCCUCCAGGUCCCCUCCUUCAGCCGCCACCCACGCACCGGCGACUGGUACCCGGCCAUCAAUAAGCCUGCAGGGGUGGUGCAUUGGUUAAAGCACAGUCCAGAGGCAGACAAUGUUGAUUGGGUUGUAAUCUUGGAUGCGGACCAGAUUGUUCGAGGCCCCAUUAUUCCCUGGGAACUCGGAGCAGAAAAAGGCAAGCCUUUUGCUGCGUAUUAUGGGUAUUUGAAGGGUUGUGAUAACAUUCUUGCACAGCUGCACACUGCACAUCCAGAAUUUUGUGACAAAGUUGGGGGAAUUCUAGCCAUGCAUAUUGAUGACUUAAGAGCUCUAGCACCACUAUGGCUUUCAAAGACUGAAGAAGUGAGGCAAGAUAAGUCCCAUUGGUCAACCAAUAUUACUGGUGAUAUAUAUGGCAUGGGUUGGAUCAGUGAGAUGUAUGGGUAUUCAUUUGGUGCUGCAGAAGUUGGUCUACGACACAAGAUAAAUGAUGACAUAAUGAUCUACCCAGGUUAUACUCCAAGACCAGGCAUUGAACCACUUAUCUUGCAUUAUGGUUUGCCAUUUAAAGUUGGAAACUGGUCAUUCAGUAAGUUAGAACACCAUGAGGAUGGAAUAGUUUAUGACUGCAACCGCUUAUUCCCUCCACCUCCGUUUCCUAGAGAGGUUGAGAUGAUGGAAUCUGACCCAAAUGUAAAACGAGGCUUAUUUCUAAGCAUAGAGUGCAUUAACACCUUGAAUGAAGGGAUCUUGUUGCAUCAUGGAUCUGUUGGGUGCCCAAAACCACAGUGGUCAAAAUACUUGAGUUUCCUUAAAAGCAAAAGGUUCUCAGAGCUUACAAAACCGAAGUACUGGAAUGGUCAAAAGGUUGACAGCAAAAUGACUCUGCAACAUGUUGCAUUGUCCAAGGCAAACAGUGGAAGUCCAAAAAUACACACCCUUUUCUCCACUGAAUGUUCAUUGUAUUUUGACUGGCAAACUGUUGCGCUCAUGCACAGCUUUCGUUUAAGCGGACAGCCUGGUAAUAUUACACGCUUAUUGAGUUGUACAGAUGAGGACUUGAAGAACUAUAAGGGCCACGACCUUGCUCCAACACACCAUGUUCCAUCUAUGAACCGACAUCCAUUGACAGGGGACUGGUACCCUGCAAUUAAUAAACCUGCAGCAGUUCUCCAUUGGCUCUACCAUGUGCAGACAGAUGCCGAGUUCAUUGUUAUCCUGGAUGCUGAUAUGAUCAUGAGAGGCCCCAUCAUCCCAUGGGAAUACGGUGCGAAACGUGGCCAUCCUGUUUCUACUCCCUAUGAAUACCUCAUUGGUUGUGAUAACAUACUUGCGAAGAUACACACUCGCAAUCCAUCGGCAUGUGACAAGGUUGGUGGUGUCAUUAUCAUGCAUAUUGAUGAUCUCCGGCGUUUUGCUCUGCUGUGGCUGCACAAAUCAGAGGAGGUUCGUGCAGACAAAGCUCACUAUGCAACAAACAUUACUGGUGACAUAUAUGAAUCUGGCUGGAUUAGUGAGAUGUAUGGUUACUCUUUUGCAGCAGCUGAGAUUAACUUACGGCACAUCAUAAGGAGGGACAUAAUGAUAUAUCCAGGAUACGUUCCACUACCUGGAGCAAAAUAUAAGGUUUUCCAUUACGGUUUGAGAUUUGGAGUUGGUAAUUGGAGCUUUGACAAGGCUGAUUGGAGAAAUACUGAUGUGGUAAAUACAUGCUGGGCCAAGUUCCCUGAACCACCUGAUCCAGCUACUAUCAUGAAAGAAGAUCUAGAUGCACGUGAGAGGGAUCUUCUCAGCAUUGAGUGUGGGAGGGCCUUGAACAAAGCCCUAUACCUGCACCAUAAACGCAGAAAUUGCCCCCGACUAGACACCAUCCGCAGCACAUCUAAGAGAAUCGACAAAGUUUCAGCCUCUAACAAAAUUGAAAAAGUUACACAGGAGUCAUCCAGAAGUAGUAAGAGAGGAAACGUUGUAUCCAUGGAUAUGGCGCGGAAGAAGACUGUUGAAAGAGCUGCUGCCACUGUACCACCUGUACAUAGAUCAAGGAGACUCGCCAGAUCUUCCAGGAUGUGGAUAAUUGUUGUCUGGGCAGUAUCAGUCAUAGUGUUCUUACUGGUAAUCUCUAUGUUUUUCUCUGACCGAAAGAGAAGCAUCUCGAGAUCUAGGGCUCCUAGAAGCCUAAAAGCUCAUGCCUGAUUUUUUUUUAAGGACACCGUAUCUGACUAUAGAAUAGACAAAUAUGCUCAUAAGGUAUUUCCUCUGAGAACGCUAUACAUAAAAGGGUACAGUCCCAGGACUCUAGAGGCGAACAACAUCUGUUUGAGCUAUCAGAAGAAGCCAGAGGACUUGGACCUUGUAAAACAAUCUUUCUUUUGUCAAAUUUCUUUGAGUUGCCAGCAGGUUUUGAUGCUGCUGCUGCUUUAUUCAAUUCAAUAGACGCUUUUAGAAUGAUGUAAAGUCUCACAUCCCCCCCCCCCCCCUAUAUAGUUUCCCCUUGUCAGAAACUGUCAAUUUGUAGAAGUAUUAACUGAGCAUAGAGGUACAAUAAUCUAUUCUUUUGUUCGAAACUCAUGGCUCUGGUGUGC